UGUUUUCUUGCAGAGUUCUCUUGCAGUCCUGAGGCAGUAUUGAAUACUUCUCGUAGCUGAUUCAUUCUAGAGCCCCCAAAAAAGUGCGGUACUUACCACUGAUGUACCACUGAUCAGAGAAACAAAAACAAGCGAAAAGAAAAAAAAUGACGUUCUUGUAGUGGGCAUUGCACACUUCACUGUUUAAGUGCGGUGCAACGAACUGGUGACAAUAUCUUCAAGAAGCAAACGAAGACGGUGCUGGCAAUCAGUAAAGUUUUAGGGGAAUCUGGCAAGGAACAGGCAUGCUUUCUAGAAAGAGCAAGGAUAAAUCCAUCAAGGAAGGCGUUGUUGGGAAGUACGUCAAAAAAGAUACGCCACCUGAAAUUCCAAUAAUUAACGUGUGGACUGCUGAGCAAAGUAAAAGCAAACUAGCAAAAGCUAGGCGUAGCUCACAGCAGGUAGUCUCUAACGCGGGACAGCCACCGGGGUUGCCCCUGACCGCAAAUAGUAGUAAUAUCCAGAAUAUGCAAAAGUUUGGCAACUCGAAGGUAGUGACAAAAGUUGGGGGGCUUGGGCAUGAAGGAAAGUACACACCAAGCAACAAUAUUCCAAAUUUAGCUCAAAAAUUCACGAACCUCAAUCUAAACAACGACCAAUCCCCUGGCCUUGCUUCGGUAAAUGGAGGAAUUAAGGGGCAAACGCAACUCCUACCAAUGAUAGUGACAAAUGCAGGCAGUAAGCUCAGUAGCGCUGUGACCAUAAAUGAAGCUAGGAAUAACAAUAGCCAUGGCAAUUACGUUGAUAUUGAUACAAUCGAUCAAAUCUUGAUGCAGCAAAGCGAGGCAACACAAUUUCGUCUACAACAACAACAGCAACAGCAACUCCAGUUGCAACAACAACAUCAGCAUAUACAUCAACAGUAUUUAGCCAACUUCGACAGGAAAUACUCCUACAACCAACUCCAUCACAAUAACAAUCUUCGCAAUGGGUUCGAUAGCUAUGGUAAUCUACUACGCAAUGGAAGUCCUGUGGCUACAUCCAGCUCAACUGGAAGCAGUCUGACGAACGAUCAGACACUUUUCAUUCGUCAGUAUUCCACACGUCAAACCCCGCAGCCUCAGCCAUCCCAGCAGCCCCAAACGAGCAGUCAACAGAAUCAAGCACAGUCAUCACAACAGGAUCAUCAUUAUCCCAUUUACGAAAAUCAAUCCCAGCUUAUCGCCCGUCCAGAAUCGCCGAUCUACAGCAAUACGAACUCCGGCACCAUUUACCAGAACUACAACAGUAACAACUCAUCACACCAGUCGCUUUACUCUAAUGUUUGCAUCGCUGGGCAGCCCACAAGUUCAUCAAGCACAACGAACUAUUUAGCAUUGGCACAACCGCAAGCACCAUCACACCAGACUCAAUCGCAACCUCUAUAUUCGAAUGUGAUAAUUGGUACAAACGAAUCCAAUGGCAUUACGUACGGGGAAGUUGUACUGCACGCGAACCAUCACCCAUCCGCAGUUGGGGCCGGCGCUGUAGUAGCGGCCCAACGGGCCAUCGCGCAGAGUGCAGCUGGACAGCAAUCUGCCGGUGAUAGUGGCGACGAAGAAUUAAUGUUACCGCCCGGCUGGUCCGUAGACUAUACGUUACGGGGAAGAAAGUAUUACAUCGAUCAUAACACUAAAACCACUCAUUGGGCACAUCCGCUGGACAGGAAGGCACUACCAACUGGGUGGCAACGGAUCGAAUCGGCACAGUACGGCACAUACUUCAACUACAUCACUGGACAAGCGGAGCAAAGUUUGCCAUAUUUGGCUUCUUGCUAUCUAACACACGCUGCGCCCCUAGAAAUUCCGCGUCCGAUGGUGCCACAUUUCCCGCGCCACAAUGCUCUGGUGCCAGCAAAUCCUUAUAAUACAGAAAAAGUACCGGAAUGGCUUUUUCUUUAUGCAAAAUCUUCAUCGGAGAAAGACCACAUUAUAAAAUGGGAUAUGUUUCAACUACAGCAACUAGAAGAUUUCUUAGGUAUGAUGAAGAAGUUAUACCGCCAGGAAUGUAAUAUUAUUGUUGCAAAGUAUGAGGUGAUCAGAAUACAAAUACACUCUCGGAUGCAGGAGCUGCGUAGAAUAUGACAAUCUAUUUCAAUUUUAGUCGCGAAACACGUUUAUCCAUAUGUGCUUGUGCUGUUAAGAAAUUGUGAUAUGAAACAGUUCCUUGUUCACCUAUUUAA